AUGUCUUUAUCAACUAGUCGCCAACAAUUCUUGGCGUACGAAUCCCACAACGAAGAAAAUAUUCAAUAUGGAAGAAAGGGCGGCAUUUUUAUUUCUACCUGCAUAUGUAUCGGUUUCAUUAUAUUCGCUGUUUUAAUCGCUGUGCUUGUUGGCUUAAUCGUCUUUUACAUCACUUAUUUCAAGAUAUCACAAAAAUCGGCUGAUUUUUGGGAUGAUACAGAGCCAUUUGCCCAGACAGGCUCACCUUCACCAGAUUUACGCCUUCCACCUUACGUAGUGCCAAGCUUUUAUAGAUUAAAAAUAAAAGCUGAUUUGGAAAACUCUACAUUCAAUGGUGAUGUUUACAUAACAAUAAAAGCAACUAAAAAAGUUCAAGAAAUUGUCUUACAUUCAAAGAAUCUAAACAUAACUAAUACUGUAACAUUAACUGAACAAAUAUAUGAGAAUGUGGAAACUUUACAUACUAAAAGAUUCAAGCGAGAAAAAAACAGUACAAUAUAUGAAAAUGCGAAUAUUACAGAACAAAAUGUUACAGAUAAUAAUUUGAAUGAAACAGAGAAUACAACUUUUCUUCCUGUUGAAACAACUACAACCUCUUUAAACACACAAGUGUCUCAUAGUAAUGUAAGGAAUAUAAAAAUAAAAUCUAUGGUGUUUAGUACUGGAGAUAGACUAAUCCUGUCUCUUGGGUCGCCUCUGACUCCUAAUGUUGAUUACACCCUUCAAAUAUCCUUUGCUGGACAGAUAUUGAAUGCCUUAACUGGUUUCUACAAAAGUUCUUAUACAGAAAACAACACUGAUAUCAGGCAGCUUGCUGUAACACAAUUUGAACCUACCUCAGCCAGAGCAGCUUUUCCAUGUUUUGAUGAACCAAUGUUCAAAGCAAAGUUUGAAAUAAGUAUAGCUCAUAGACAAAAUGUAUCUGUAUUGUCUAAUAUGAAGGUAGCUACUGAAGAACCUAUUGAAUCAGAACCAGGUUGGCAAUGGACGCAUUUCGAUAGAUCAGUAAAGAUGUCCACAUACUUAGUGGCCUACGUUUUAUCAGACUUCAACAGUAUUGAAACCAGUUACUUGAGUAAAGACAAUGUGACCAAACCCAUUCGUAUCUGGACGCGACCAUCUUUGAUAUCUAAAGCGAAAUACGCUUUAAGUAUAACUCCUAAACUCCUGGCUCUCUAUGAAGAUGUGUUUGGUUUGCCGUACGCAUUGGAUAAGUUAGAUCUUAUAGCUAUUCCAGACUUCUCAAGCGGUGCUAUGGAAAAUUGGGGCUUAAUAACUUUCAGAGAAACAGCAUUAGUUUACGAUGAGAAGAACGGUGUGCCCCGUGAGAAACAGAAUGUGGCUAUAGAUAUAGCGCACGAGCUGGCACAUCAGUGGUUUGGUAACUUGGUCACUAUGAAAUGGUGGACGGAUUUGUGGCUAAAUGAAGGAUUUGCGACGUACAUAGAGUAUGUUGGUGUUAAUCAUAUAAUACCAGAGUGGAAUAUGUUGGAUGAAUUCACUCAAGGCAAAAUGGACCUGCUACGUACAGACGCACUGAAAAACAUCUCGCCGGUGUCACGAGAAGUGAUAGACGCGUCCGAAAUAGCGCAGAAGUUCGAUGAAAUAUCUUAUUCUAAAAGCGCAAGUUUGAUAAGAAUGCUAAAUCAUACGAUAUCCAGUCAAUUGUUCCACGAAGGGCUUGUAAUAUAUUUGAAUAAAUGGAAAUAUCAAAACGCUGAAGAGAAUGACCUAUGGCAAGCGAUGUCGCAAGCGACCAAAGCAGAUCCCAAGUUGAAAGAUCCGUCUGUGACAGACUUCAUGAACUCCUGGACCAGACAGCCCGGGUACCCGGUGGUGAAUGUUUACAGGAAUUAUUCUACCGGCUUCAUUACAUUCACACAAAAGAUAUUCCAAAGUACAAAAAAUACAAACAAAAUCAAAAAGGAUCAAAUAUGGCGUAUACCAAUAAGUUAUGCCACAUUGGAUGUUCCCAUACAAAAUAGAAGUACAGCUCCUAAGCUAUGGUUGAACAAGAGGAGCCUCACAACUAACAUACCGUUGAAUAAUACAAACGCUUUGUAUGUAAAUGUUGAUGCGAUUGGCUACUACAGAGUGAACUACGAUCAAAGGAACUGGGAGUUACUUAGUAAAGCUUUAAAAUCAAACACCAUAAAUAGUCCUGUAAUAAAAGCCCAAUUGAUCGACGAUGCCUUCAAUUUGGCAAAGUCCGGACAACUCAACUAUAGCUACGCUUUAGGAUUGACCACUUGUGUUAUAAAUGGUGAAAACUCGAAGAUGGUUUGGGAUCUUCUUCUAAAUAACAUGGCGUUUUUACAUCAGAAUCUAAAAUCUACAUCUGGAUAUAUAUAUUUUGAGGAUUACAUGAGAAUAAUAUUAAAGAAACAAUUGCAAAAGCUAAACUACGGUUUAACACCACCGAAGGACGACAACGAAGCGUUCAUAAUAGAGAAUUUGGUUAUGUGGGAGUGUUUGGUCGAAUCGCCUAGAUGUUUGAAGUGGGCUCGCGAUGAGUUUGAAAAAUGGAUAGAAAAAUCAGACUUAGAUGGUAAUACAAUACCAACAUAUCUACGCUCAUUGGUAUACAACAUGGCGAUCAAAUAUGGCAGCCGAAAGGAGUUUGAGUUCUUUUUAAGUUUGUUCAACAACUCUACUGAUCCUAAUGUGAAGAGCAUAAUUAUAAGUUUGCUUCCGAGUGUCAAAGAUGAAGCGUUGAUUACUUUGUUAUUAGAGAAGAGUCUGAACGAACUGCCGAGUCAAUACGCGAGUGCGGUGUGGAACGUCGACCCGCCGAUAGGAACGAGGGUGGCGCAAGACUUUCUGAUAGCCAACUUUGAUCGUGUAUACAAUAAGUUCAAUGAAAUGGACUCCUUCAUGUUCCAGUCCGUAUUGAAUGGGGCCUUUGGUUUUAUUAAAGAUGGCAAUGAGUUAGAUAAGUUAAAACAAUUCGCAAUCAAACACAAACAGAAGUUAAUGCCGAUGUCGCAGACAUUGCAAAAGAUUGUUGACACCGCAGUGUUGAGGAUCGACUGGAUAAAGGAACAUUCUGUGGGGAUCAAUGAGUGGUUUAAGCAAUAUUUUACUACUGAUAAAAAUACACAUACGACCACAACUUCACAGGAACCCGCCAUUGAAAACACAACAAUAAGUUUAUCACCUAAUGCAACUAUAUCUAGUCGU